AUGGCCUGGAAGAUAUCUCACACAUUUAUCAGAAACUUUGGCUGACGGUAUCUUUAAUACAAUUGCGACCGCUGUUUGUCUUAUUGACAUCAAGCGGAUUUGCCCGUUGCUCUGUGUUUCUACCCCAGACCUCCCCCAAAGCUGCGCGGUCUUUAUCUCGUUUGUUCCCCCAGAGCCACAUAAUAAUCCCCCAUCUCGCGCUCAGUCAUGUCUUCUCGUGACACGGAGGAGGCUUACGAAGUUUCUUUACCGCGGAAACGGUACCAUGCUGAAGCAGUGGACUAUCCUCGGCGACGCGCAACUGUAGCAUGUCAAAUUUGUCGUCUACGCAAAACGAGAUGUAAUGGCGAACGCCCGAGAUGCCAGCUCUGUGCCGAUCUUGAUGCGGAAUGUAUAUAUCGAGAGCCGGGCAUCAAGCUAGAUGCUGGUGACAAACUAAUCAUUGAGAAGCUUGAUAAAAUAGAGUGCCUGUUGCGUUCUAGGCUGAUUGGCGAAUUCAGCAAUUCACCCCUGUCUUCAACAACGUCCGAGACUGUCAAUGAUCCUGCCAGUAACGGUGAUGCCGUUAUUAUCAAUCGAGCAGAAAACACAGCAGCACCGUCAAGGACCGCUGUUGUCGGGCUUGGGUUCUGGGCGAAUUCCCCAACAAAUAUAUCGACAAUGCCUAAACUGCAUACAACGCCAGCGCUGAACUUGUUGCAGUGGCCUUUUAUCCGAGAUCUCGUCGCCUCGCCCUACGAUCCUCAUACCCUGUUGCAGCUCGAGAUGGCACGUGAGCCACUGCGGAUACCGUCAUAUGUCGGGCUCGAUAUAUCUAAUGCUACAACACACGCUAAGGCUUUUUUCGCGCGCGUCAAUGUCUGGUAUGCCUGCGUUAACCCAUAUUCCUGGCCUCGUUACUACGACAUGGCUAUAUCGUCUAGCUUUCAAGACGGGGCAGAAAGCUGCGUCGUUCUUCUAGUUCUUGCAUUAGGAUGUGCAAGUCAAUACGGAAGCAUCUCAACUCUUUCGCCCGAGGCGGAUCCGCCAGGGCUGCCAUAUUUUGUUGCCGCAUGGGGCCUCCUACCCAAUGUCACUAUGCGUAACUCUGUUCUCGCCGCCCAAUGCAACAUUCUGGCCUCCGCCUAUCUGUUCUACUUGGUUAGGCCAUUGGAAGCUUGGACAUUACUUUCAAGUGCUAGCUUAAAGCUACAGCUGCUUUUUGGCAACCCGUCCCGUGUAUCAGCUCAAUGGAGAGAACUGAGCACGAGACUUUACUGGAAUACUCUUCUACAUGAAAGUGAUUUGCUGGCAGAGCUAGACCUUCCGCACUCCGGAAUCGUGCACUACGAAGAAAUUGUUGAUCUCCCAGGUGGCUUCGAGCCGGAAGAUUACGAGGAUGAAAACCAAAGCAGCACACCCCGGGAGAACACCGUCGUAGAUGCGGUGGUAGGACAUGAUGAGCUUUGGUACUUCUUGGCUGAGAUUGCCUUGAGAAGGCUUUUGAACCGAGUUAGUCAUGUCAUCUAUCAGGAAGGGAACUCUCUCACGCUUGCGUCUCUUGGCCCGGUUGCCUCGGAGCUGGAUUUUCAGCUUUCUCAGUGGUACGAAGGGUUGCCACAGGCUGUUCGGUUCCCUCUUUCCUCCCAGCCAGCUUCGAACUCCGUCCAGACCGUUUUGAGACUCCGGUACUUCGCAUGUCGCACGAUUAUCUAUCGCCCUUACAUCUUGGCGGUACUCCAACAUGAGCAGAUAUCUGCAGAUCCGAUGGUAAGAGAAUGCUGUCGGCGAUGUCUAGAUGCGACAAUAAACCAGCUUGACCACAUCAGUCGCCAUCGUGAAGGUCACCUUCCUUACCUUUGGCAAGGUGCCCUUUCUAUGGUUUCACAGACCUUAUUGAUUAUGGGCUCAACCAUGUCCCCCGCGCUUUCCGCGCUCCUACCUUCGUCGUCCCGGGUCAAUGCAAUCAUCAGUGGCGUGAAAGAAGAAGUUGAUCGAUAUGCACACCUCGCUCCAAGCCUCAAACUAUCUGCGGAAAUCAUACGUGAUGCAGAGAGAAGACGACAAACAUGCCUGACGACAAUGGCCAAGCAAACUUGAACCAUAAUCUUCACCAUUCAGCCUCGCUGCUUCCUUCUUAACCCGUUUCGCGGCAGGGCUUAGCAAAGGAACUCCUGGGAAAG